GUGCAAAGCUGAAUUUUAACAUUUCCAAAUUUUAUUUGUGAUCGCAUUUGACACACGCAAUUCGUUACAAAAUGUCGCAUCAUUAUGUGGUGACCGCCCAAAAGCCAACCGCGGUUGUCGCCUGCCUCACCGGCAACUUCACAUCGGAGACAGAUCUUAAUCUGGUCAUUGCUCGCAAUAAUCAGAUUGAAAUUGAUUUGGUAACACCGGAAGGUUUGCGUCCACUGAAGGAGAUCAACAUAAAUGGUAAAAUUACGGUAAUGCGCCACUUUCGUCCGCCGGACACCAAGAAGGAUCUACUAUUCAUAUUAACGCGGCGCUUUAAUGUGAUGAUACUUGAGGCCCGCAUGGUCGGCGACACCAUAACCGUCGUAACCAAAGCCAACGGGAAUGUCUCCGAUUCCGUGGGCAUUCUCUCCGAAGGUGGUUUUAUUGCAGCGAUUGAUCCGAAGGCUCGCGUUAUUGGCAUGUGUCUAUACCAGGGGCUAUUCACAAUUAUACCCCUGGAUAAGGAUGCCAGUGAACUGAAAGCAACAAAUUUGCGAAUGGACGAGCUGACGGUGUAUGAUGUGGAGUUUCUGCAUGGCUGCCUGAACCCCACCGUCAUUGUCAUACACAGGGACAACGACGGGCGGCAUGUAAAGUCGCACGAGAUCAAUUUGCGCGAUAAAGAGUUCAUGAAGAUUGCCUGGAAACAGGACAAUGUUGAGACAGAGGCGACCAUGCUCAUACCCGUGCCCUCGCCCAUUUGUGGUGUUAUCGUAAUUGGACGCGAGUCCAUUGUCUAUCACGAUGGCAGUAACUAUCAUGCAGUGGCGCCACUCACCUUCCGCCAGAGCACCAUCAAUUGCUAUGCCCGGAUUGAUGAGAAGGGAUUGCGGUAUUUGUUAGGCAAUAUGGAUGGACAGCUGUAUAUGCUGUUUUUAGGCACCACUGAGACCAGCAAGGGCAUCACCGUCAAGGACAUUAAAGUGGAGCAGCUGGGCGAGAUUUCCAUACCGGAAUGCAUUACUUAUUUGGAUAAUGGGUUCUUGUACAUUGGCAGUCGCCAUGGUGACUCGCAGCUGGUGCGUCUUAGCUCGGAGGCCAUUGACGGCACCUUUGUCAUACCAGUGGAGAACUUUACCAAUCUGGCGCCCAUUCUGGACAUUGCCGUCGUGGAUUUGGAUCGACAGGGCCAGGGCCAGAUAAUUACCUGCUCUGGCAGCUUCAAGGAUGGCUCACUGCGCAUUAUACGUAUUGGCAUUGGUAUUCAGGAGCACGCGUGCAUCGAUUUGCCCGGCAUCAAGGGUAUGUGGUCCCUCAAGGUUGGCAUCGAUGAGAGCUCCUAUGAGAACACUCUGGUGCUGGCCUUUGUUGGCCACACACGCAUUCUCACAUUGUCCGGCGAGGAGGUGGAGGAAACUGAUAUUCCUGGCUUUGCCAGUGAUCUGCAAUCGUUCCUCUGCGCCAAUGUCGAUUACGAUCAGCUAAUUCAGGUUACUGCUGAAAGCGUGCGUUUGGUCAAGAGCGCCACCAAGGCUCUAGUUGGUGAAUGGAAGCCUGAGGGCGAUCGCUCAAUUGGCGUCGUAUCCUGCAACACCACUCAGAUAGUCGCUGCUUCGGCGCGUGAAAUAUUCUACAUUAGCAUCGAGGAUGGCAGCCUUGUGGAGAAGUGCCGCAAAAUCUUGCCGUAUGAGGUUGCCUGCCUGGAUGUUACGCCACUGGAUGAGAAACAAAACAAGUCGGAUCUGGUAGCCGUUGGCCUCUGGACAGAUAUAUCAGCGGUGAUAUUGUCGCUGCCCGAUCUGGAAACGAUUUACACUGAAAAACUUAGUGGCGAGAUAAUACCACGUUCAAUACUGAUGACCACCUUUGAGGACAUACAUUAUCUGCUGUGCGCUUUGGGCGAUGGUUCCAUGUACUAUUUUAUUCUGGACAAGACCACUGGUCAGUUGACAGAGAAGAAGAAAGUAACGCUGGGCACUCAGCCGACCACAUUGCGCACGUUCCGCUCGUUUGCCACGACGAAUGUGUUUGCCUGCUCGGAUCGUCCGACUGUGAUUUACUCGUCCAAUCACAAGCUCGUCUUCUCCAAUGUGAAUCUGAAGGAGGUGAAUCACAUGUGCUCGCUCAAUGCACAGGCCUAUCCGGAUAGCUUGGCGCUGGCCACCAAAAACUCGGUUAUCCUGGGCACCAUCGAUGAGAUCCAGAAGCUGCACAUACGCACUGUGCCGCUGGGCGAGGGACCGCGUCGCAUUGCCUACCAGGAGGCCUCACAGACCUUUGCCGUGUCCACGCUGCGCAUCGAUGUCCAUGGACGUGGUGGUGCUAAGCCGCUGCGGAACAGUGCAUCCACUCAGGCCCAAAAUAUCACAUGCGGCUCCAAUAUAUUGCCCAAGCCGGGUGGCGGUAAUUCGACGGCGGCCAAUGCUGAAGUUGGCCAAGAGAUUGAUGUUCACAAUUUGUUGAUUAUCGAUCAGAAUACGUUUGAAGUUCUACACGCUCAUCAGUUUGUGCCGCCGGAAACGAUUUCGACUUUGAUGUCCGCCAAGCUUGGCGAUGAUCCAAAUACUUAUUAUGUGGUGGCUACAUCGCUGGUCUAUCCUGAGGAGCCGGAACCGAAAGUUGGCCGCAUUAUCAUUUUCCAUUAUAACGAUAACAAAUUGACCCAAGUGGCCGAAACGAAAGUCGAUGGCACCUGCUAUGCCCUGGUGGAGUUUAAUGGCAAGGUGCUCGCUGGCAUUGGCAGCUUUGUGCGCCUGUACGAGUGGACCAACGAGAAGGAGCUGCGCAUGGAGUGCAACAUACAAAACAUGAUUGCGGCAUUGUUCCUCAAGGCCAAGGGUGACUUCAUUCUAGUCGGCGAUCUGAUGCGCUCCAUCACCCUGCUGCAGCACAAGCAAAUGGAGGGCAUCUUCGUGGAGAUUGCACGCGACUGCGAACCGAAGUGGAUGCGUGCCGUUGAGAUACUGGACGAUGACACGUUCCUCGGCUGCGAGACCCACGACAAUCUGUUCGUGUGCCAGAAGGAUAGUGCUGCCACAACGGAUGAGGAGCGUCAGUUGCUGCCGGAGUUGGCGCGCUUCCAUCUUGGCGAUACAAUCAACGUAUUUCGUCAUGGCUCCCUGGUCAUGCAGAAUGUUGGCGAGCGCACCACGCCGAUUAAUGGCUGUGUUCUCUAUGGCACCUGCAACGGAGCCAUUGGCAUUGUUACCCAAAUACCACAGGACUUUUACGACUUUCUGCAUGGCCUGGAGGAGCGCCUGAAGAAGAUCAUUAAGUCGGUGGGCAAAAUCGAUCAUACCUAUUAUCGUAAUUACCAAAUCAAUACAAAGGUAGAGCCAAGCGAAGGCUUCAUCGAUGGCGAUCUAAUUGAAAGCUUCUUGGAUUUGAACCGAGAAAAGAUGCGCGAAGCGGUGCUCGGCCUGGAGCUAACGAUGGGUGGUGAACGCAAGGCUGCGGAUGUGGAGGACGUCAUCAAGAUUGUGGAGGAUUUGACACGCAUGCAUUGAUGCAAUUAAUUGAGCUGUAUAAAUAAUAUAUAUAUAUAUAUAUAUAUAUCAUAAAUAUUGUAAUCGACAGCUUGUUUGUUUUCGUGUAAGCAUCACUUCGAUACCAUGUAUCCUAUCCUGUCUAUAACAACAACAACAAUGAUUCUCACAAAUCUCUGUACUAACAGUUAAGCACUGUUUAUUCAGUGUUUUGCUUGCCUCCCCCAGCGCCUCUCGCCUUACAUUCACCUUUGUUAUGUAGCACCAAAAAAAAAAAAAAAAAAAAAUGAAAAUAAAAACGCGCUUUCAAAGACGCGUCCCACAUGAUUUCAAUAAAGUGAUUAACUUUUAAAUGUAAACCAAACAUUUUUGUAAUACAGUUUCACUGGUAAAUGGUAGUUAAAUAAGGAAUUUCACUGUCAUCUUAAAUACAUAAAAAUUUCAUGGCUAUCAACAAAUUCUAACUUAACUAAUCGCAUGGAUAAAAAUGAACUAAUGCUAUAACUUCAUGAAAAAAAUAUAUUUUCAAAAGCAAA